UUUCGUCUUGUAGAGGUUUUUUACACUUCUUAUGUUCCCAUCUUACAUAUAAAUACUCUCAUGCUUGAGGGACUAAUAGAAAUACCAGUAACAGCUUUGGUUGUCUUCAUCCUCAACAAGUCAUUAUAUAAUGGAUUCUGCGACAGCUGAUAGCAUGCCGGAGGCCUUGAGGCAGAGCCGGUACCAUAUGAAGAAAUGUUUUUCGAGAUUUGUUGGAGGUGGGAGAAGAUUGAUGAAACAUCAAACCUUGAUGGAUGAAAUCGAAGAAUCUAUUGAGGACAAGUCAGAAAGAAGCAAGGUUUUGGAAGGUUCACUUGGCCAAAUCUUGAGCUCCACACAGGAGGCGGCUGUUAAUCCACCUGAUGUUGCUUUUGCUGUAAGACAAAAUCCCGGUUGCUGGGAAUAUGUCAAGGUUAAAGCGAAUGAUCUGUCUGUUGAUGCCAUCACUUCCACAGAGUACCUCAAGUUCAAGGAGCUGAUAUACGAUGAAAAAUGGGCAAAUGAUGAUAAUUCACUAGAAGUAGAUUUUGGAGCAUUUGAUGUCACCACUCCUUGCCUAACCUUACCUUCUUCUAUUGGAAAAGGAGUUCAUUUCAUAUCAAAGAUCAUGACAACUAAGUUCAGUGGAAAUCCAGAAAGUGCAAUGCCUUUGGUGGAGUAUUUGUUAGCUCUAAAUCAUCGAGGAGAGAAUCUUAUCAUCAACGAGACUCUUAAUACAGUUGCCAAGCUCCAGGCAGCAUUACUGCUUGCUGAUGUUUUCCUCUCCGUCCUUCCAAAAGAUGCACCUUACCAGAAUUUUGAGCAAAAGCUUAAAGAGUGGGGAUUCGAGAAAGGGUGGGGAGACACUACAGAAAGAGUUAGAGAUACAAUGAGGAUAGUUGCUGAGAUACUACAGGCUCCAGAUCCUAUUAGCAUGGAGUUGCUGUUUCAGAGGCUUCCGGUUACAUUCAACGUGGUAGUCCUCUCCAUCCACGGGUAUUUUGGCCAGUCAGAUGUUCUUGGAUUACCAGAUACAGGAGGACAGGUGGUUUAUAUUCUAGACCAAGUAAAAGCUUUAGAGGAGGAACUGCUGCUCCGGAUUAAGCAGCAAGGGUUGAGCAUAAAGCCUCAGAUCAUAGUGGUCACUCGUCUAAUACCAGAUGCUCAAGGUACAAAGUGCAAUGUGGAGAUGGAGCCUAUUGACAACACCAUGCAUUCCCACAUUCUUAGGAUUCCGUUUAAAACUGACAACGGGAUUCUAAAGCAAUGGGUUUCUAGGUUUGACAUUUACCCUUUCUUGGAGAGGUUUUCACAGGAUGCUACUGAAAAGAUCCUGAAGUUGCUGGAUUGUAAACCGGAUCUUAUAAUAGGGAACUACACUGAUGGAAAUAUUGUAGCAUCCUUGAUGGCUAGCAGACUAGGAGUAACCCAGGGCACCAUUGCUCAUGCUCUGGAGAAAACUAAGUACGAAGAUUCUGAUUUAAAAUGGAAAGAGUUGGAUCCAAAAUAUCACUUCUCAUGCCAGUUUAUGGCUGAUUUGAUAGCGAUGAAUUCUGCUGAUUUUAUCAUAACAAGCACAUAUCAAGAAAUUGCUGGAAGCAAGAAAAAAGCAGGACAAUAUGAAAGUCAUGCAGCAUUUACCAUGCCAGGUCUCUGUAGAGUGGUAUCAGGCAUCAAUGUCUUCGAUCCAAAAUUCAAUAUCGCUCCUCCAGGGGCUGAACAAUCAGUCUACUUUCCGUUCACAGAGAAAGAGAAGCGAUUCAGCAAAUUUCAUUCCGCCAUAGACCAAUUGCUGUUCAGUAGAAAUAAUAACAAUGAAGCCAUCGGAUUUCUAGCAAACAGGAAGAAACCGAUAAUAUUUUCCAUGGCGAGGCUCGAUACAGUAAAGAACAUUACUGGACUAGUGGAGAUGUAUGGAAAGAAUAAGAGGCUCCAAAAUUUGGUGAACCUGGUAAUUGUUGCAGGCUUCUUUGAUCCAUCAAAAUCUAAAGACAGAGAAGAAAUGGUGGAAAUAAAUAAGAUGCAUUCCUUGAUAGAGAAGCACCAACUUGAGGGUCAUGUCAGAUGGAUAGCAGCUCAAACUGACAGGUAUCGUAACGGAGAAAUAUACCGGUGCAUUGCAGAUACGAAAGGUGCUUUUGUGCAGCCUGCACUGUAUGAAGCAUUUGGGUUAACCGUUAUUGAAGCAAUGAACUGUGGACUUCCUACCUUCGCGACAAUUCACGGUGGACCAGCUGAGAUUAUUGUUGACGGGAUUUCAGGAUUUCAUAUUGAUCCUACAAAAGGAGAAGAAUCAAGCAACAAGAUUGCUGAUUUCUUCGAAAAAUGCACCGUGGACAGAGAGUAUUGGAACAGGCUGUCCCAGGAUGCUUUGAAGCGUAUUGAUGAAUGCUACACGUGGAAGAUCUAUGCCAGCAAUGUCCUGACAAUGGGAGCCAUCUAUGGGGUUUGGAGACAGAUGAAUGAAGAAAAGAAGCAAGCUAAGCAAAGAUAUAUUGACAUGUUCUAUAGUCUCCAGUUCAGAAAAUUGGCAAAAACUGUACGAUUCACAUUGGAGGAACCUUCGAAGUCUGCUAUAGCAACGACCCUAAAACCUGAACAACCAACCCUCACAGUCGCAGAAGUACCGAGUCCUGUAGAACUGCCCAGACAAACCAAUAUAACACCAAGGAAAGAUAAGCCACGACUCACUUUCCCCUCAGAUGAACCUGUAAUUUGCCCCUGUUGGUGGUGGCUCCGUGUAUGUCUGGCUUCCUUUAUUACUGUCUACUGGCUCAUGAAGAUUGUAGCCUAUACACGUGGCGACUAA